AUGAUUUUUAGGUUUAUAAUAUUCAAUUUCGUUCAUUAUGCUUUUGCAAAAGAUGUAGAACAAGAAAUAGAUGAAAUCCGUACUAUACUUCGAUCUAUUCAGGAGGAAAACUUGUCUCUCAAAAACGAAAACAGAUUACUUAGACAAGACAUUCAGGAACUAUAUGGACUGAUCACGAUUAGACCGACCAACAGAAAACCGUACAAAUUACAUGACGGAGAACAUAUUCAAUCAAACAAAACAGUUAAAGACAGCAGGGUCGAAAAUAACCUGGAUAUGGGCAAUGGGCAAAUGACAAAUGUGGAACCUAUGUUGCCAGCAAGUCAUACAAAUGAGAGUUUUCUACGUUCAAUGCCUGCUAGUGAACCUCAAGUGGUAGCUUUCUAUGCGUAUAUGUCAUCAAAUACCCCAGCCCCAAGCGUUCAUUACCAACUGGUUUUUGACAUUGCUAAAACUAAUAUUGGAGGUGGCUACAAUCAUUACACGGGAACAUUCAAUGCUCCGAUUCAAGGUGUGUAUGUCUUUGCAUGGACGAUAUAUACAGCAAGUCGAGGACAGACAUGGUUAGACGUCUUGGUUAGCAAUGAUGUAUAUAGCAGCACACUAGGCGAAACGGAUGAUGUUUUAGACUACGACUCAGACUCUGGAACUAUAGUCGUAUCAUUAAACCAAGGUGAUAGUGUGUACAUUCGUUCGUCGCAUCAGGCCACCGCCUCAAUUAUAAGCAACAAUGCUUAUCGUGCUAAAACGUCAUUUGCAGGAUGGAAAUUAAAUUAA